AUGGCGUGGUCCAAAUCUACCCGCAUCAGCAUCAUGCUGGCCAUCGACAUCGUCUUCUUCCUCGUCGAGCUCAUCAUCGGCUUCGUGGUCCACUCCCUUGCCCUCACCGCCGAUGCCUUCCACAUGCUCAACGACAUCAUAUCAUUGCUGGUCGGCCUGUGGGCUGUCACCCUUGCGCGGAAGGCCACUACCGACAAGUACUCGUACGGAUGGCUGCGAGCCGAGAUCCUCGGCGCCUUCUUCAACGCCGUUUUCUUGAUCGCGCUUUGCGUUUCCAUCGUCCUUGAGGCCGUUACGCGAUUCUUCGAGCCUCCCGAGAUUUCCAAUCCGAAGCUGAUCCUCAUUGUCGGCUGCUUCGGCCUCGCCUCGAACCUUGUCGGGUUUGUGGUGCUUGGAGGCCACGGGCAUUCGCACGGACACGAGCACGGCGAUCACGAGCACGAACACGACCACAGCCACGAGCAUGCUCACGGCGAAGACGAGCUGAGCCAGGCGGAACAGGGCAGGGCCAACCAGGAAGAGGAGGAUGACGGUCCGGUCUUGGAGUAUCUCCCUGAGGUCGCCGUGUCGAGGUUCCAGCAUAAGAGCUCCCCAUCCACGGGAUCGAAGCGGAUAUCGUUCGACGAGACCCAGCAGACGCCGGAGAGAGCAAGCAGUAGGACAGCGCACGCCGGCAGAUCGCGGAGGCGGGCAAGUAGUGGCCGUAACCAGGUCACUAACAUUGACGACAUGAGCAUCUACCCAUCCAGCUUCCGACAAGACAUCAUUGCUGCGACCAGGCCUCGCCCGCAUGAUUCCACUGACGAGUCGGAGAGCACCGAUGAGGAAAAUGCUGUCGCCGAGGAGCCUGCCACCGAGUCUACGCCACUGGUUGGAAAGAAGGGUGCCUCGGUCAACGCUAAACAAGUUGAACACCCACCUAAGCGGCACAGGAGAGAUUCAAGCUUGCACCAUGCGCACAACCACAACAAGCCUCGCAAGCCAGGUCAGUCGAGCCAUGGCCACAGCCAUGGUGACAUGGGCAUGAACGCUAUGGUUCUCCACGUCCUCGGCGAUGCCCUUGGCAAUGUUGGCGUCAUUGUGACGGCCCUCAUCAUCUGGCUGACUGACUGGCCCGGCAAGUACUACGCCGACCCAGCCGUGUCUCUGUUCAUCACCCUCAUCAUCCUCAAAUCUGCACUGCCGCUCACCUUCGCCACGUCCAAGAUCCUGCUGCAGGCCACGCCAGAGGGCAUCGAGGUCCAGGACGUCCGCGAUGACAUUGCCAGCCUCCCCGGUGUGGUGACCUGCCACCACGUGCACAUCUGGCAGCUGUCUGACUCUAAGAUCGUGGCCUCGAUGCACAUCCAGGUCGCCUUCCCCAUCUCUGAGGCGGGGGGCAAGGAGUACAUGACCCUCGCCAAGCGGGUGAGGAAGUGCCUGCACGGCUUCGGCAUCCACAGCGCCACCAUCCAGCCCGAGUUCUGCCUCGACGAGUCGCACGACCACGCCGAGGAGGCCGAGCAGCAGCUCCGGCAGCUGGCCGGCGAUGCCAGCGGGCCCGCGGAGCUGCGCAGGUGCGCCGGGGGCAGCUGCCUACUGGAGUGCGUCGACGACUGCGUGGGCCAGGGCUGCUGCUCCACGUCCGGCGACGACACGGCCGUCGAGAGCGCUAGCACCGGCAGCCACUCGGCACACAGUCACGGCCACGCCGAGGGGGAUGGGCAUCAACAUCACUAG